AUGCAGCCGAUGGGCCAGCUCGCGGUGCUGCUCUUGCUGUGCCUACUGGUCGUGACUCUGCCCGGUGCGCGCGGCCGCUCCGGGAGGUUUUGGCACCUCACAGACCUGCACUGGGACCCCGAGUACGAGGCGGCGGUGGCGGCGGGACGGCCGUGCCCCUCGGGCAGCAAUCGGACCAGGCCCACCGGGCUCUGGGGCAGCUACCUGUGCGACGCGCCCUGGAGCCUGCUCCGCUCGGCUGCCUGGGCCAUGCGGAGCCGCCUGGCCACGCCGGAUUUCGUGCUCUGGACCGGAGAUGACACUCCCCAUGUCCCCAAUGAGCAGCUCGGAGAAGAAAAGGUUCUGAACAUCAUAGCAAAUCUGACUUCUCUGAUAAAAGAGACAUUUCCAGGUACUAAGGUCUAUGCAGCGAUGGGCAAUCAUGACUUUCACCCCAAGAAUCAGUUUCCUGGGAAGGAGCACAGGAUCUACAACCAAACAGCAGAACUGUGGCGGCCCUGGCUGAGCGAUGCCUCCCUUCCUCUCUUCAGAGCAGGAGCUUUCUACAGUGAGAAGCUGCCUGGCCCAGGGACGAGGGGGCGGAUGGUUGUCCUCAACACCAACCUGUACUAUGACCAGAAUAAUGAGACAGCUGGUGACAAGGAUCCUGGGGGGCAGUUCCAGUGGCUGGAAGAAACGCUGAGCAACGCCUCUAGAGCAGAUGAAAAGGUCUACAUUGUGGGGCAUGUCCCUCCUGGCUUCUUUGAGAAGAAACGGGGCAAGCCCUGGUUCCGGAGGGACUUUAAUGAGCGCUACCUGGGAAUUGUGCAGAAGCACCACAGCGUGAUUGCUGCCCAGUUCUUUGGGCACCAUCACACAGACAGCUUUCGCAUGUUCUACAGUGACACAGGUGCUCCAAUCAAUGUGAUGUUCCUGGCCCCUGGAGUGAGUCCCUGGAAAACAACAUUACCUGGAGUGAGCAAUGGAGCCAACAACCCUGCGAUUCGGGUGAUCGACUAUGAUCAGGACACCCUUCAGGUCUUGGAUAUGGUGACUUACUACUUGAACCUUACUCGUGCCAACAUGAUGGAGUCACCACAGGAGGAAGAGUUCCCAGUGUGGGAAGAAGAGUACAGACUGACAGAAGCCUUCCAGGUCCCUGAUGGCUCUGCACACUCCAUGCAGAUAGUGCUGGAGAGGAUCUUGAGGGACCCACACUACCUGCAGCUGUACUAUGAGUUUAACUCUGCCAAGUAUGAUCUGGAACCAUGCAAGCAGGAUUGCCGUGUGGAUCACCUGUGUGCCAUCAGGGAAGUUGAUUUUAUAAAGUAUGAUCAGUGUGUGAAAACCAAUGGCUCUGCCUCUGCUGCUAGCAGUGUUUGGCUUUUGGUUUUCUGCAUGUUCAUAGGAUUUCUCAGUCCUCAGCGAGUGCUGUGA